UGACCUCCUUUUUCCCUUUUCUCAGACUCCAGCUCCCUCAGCACCGUGGUGUCAGAGGCGUUUGUGCGCUUCUUCGUGGAAAUGGUCGGCCAUUAUUCGCUCUUCAUGGGCGGGUCAGAGCGCGAGGACGAGUCGUCCGUCUCGUCUCCCGCUUCGCCCGGUCCCUCCUCUUCCUCUUCCUGCGCCGCAUCCUUUCAGCGGGAGGCCUUUCGUAAGGCGGUCACCUCCAAAAGUUUGAGGAGGUUCCUGGAGGUGUUCAUGGAAACCCAGAUGUUUACAGGUUUCAUCCAGGAGAGGGAGCUGCGCAGACAGGGCCUCAGAGGCCUGUUUGAGGUGCGAGCACAGGAAUACCUUGACUCACUUCCUGGCAGUGAACAGCGAGGCGUCAACAAGUUCUUAAAAGGCUUAGGAAACAAGAUGAAAUUCCUCUCCAAGAAGUGACGUUAACAAACGUGAUGACAAAAGAAGGAGGGAAGAAAAUAAAAUGAGUAGCUUUCAAAUGAAAGGAAGGACCUUUAAAGUUGAAGAAACUCGUUGCAAGUUGUUUUGAGAACUCUGACCCCCCCGGAUGAGCUUUCUCUGGAAAGCAAAGCACAGUGUAAAUACUUCAGGAACUUUCCGGACAACUCAUACAUUCCAACUAUUUCCUAUAGAAAAUUUUGACACUACUACAACUUCUUCUUCAACAGGAGGCUUUGGGAAUGAGCACCAAACGAAAAGGCAAGAGGGGGAGAAAAUGUGAAGACGAGCAGAAAACGAAUGUGAACGUCUCUCAAGUGUCAAAAGGCUUGGCGGAGGGAUGUGUGAGGCUGACGCGUGUCGAUGUGGUAGGUGAAGCGGUGGCGAUGGGUUUGCGUGAACCUUUGAGAAUGCAACUUUAUCAAUAAAGUUGUGGAUUUGUAUUUGAUGUAUAUAACACUUUCAUUUGGACUGCGGCGUCAUGAUGUUGAAAGCAGGGUACACACACAUGCUGAUCUUUAUUUACACUGUGAACAACACAGGGCAAGGAAUAUAAAAAAAAAUCUAUUUUAAAGUGCCUCCGAUUAACCCCAAAUAAAUUUCUGAUGUUCUCGAAGGA